CCUAUGCAGAAAGCAAAUGCUGAUAAAGAGCAUAAAAUGCUCUCCUCUUCUCCACAGUCAUGUGUGGGGAAAACAGCUCCAGCCUGACCCCGGGAUUCUUUAUCUUGAAUGGGAUUCCUGGGCUGGAAGCUGCACACACCUGGAUCUCCCUGCCAUUCUGCUUCAUGUACGUCAUCGCUGUCGUGGGGAACUGCGGGCUCAUCUACCUAAUCAGCCAUGAGGAUGCCCUGCACCGCCCCAUGUACUACUUCCUGGCCCUGCUCGCCUUCACAGAUGUCACCCUGUGCACCACCACUGUACCCAAUAUGCUGUGCAUAUUCUGGUUCAACCUCAAGGAGAUUGACUUUGAUGCCUGCCUGGCUCAGAUGUUUUUCGUCCACAUGCUGACUGGGAUGGAGUCUGGGGUGCUCAUGCUCAUGGCCCUGGACCGCUAUGUGGCCAUCUGCUACCCCUUACGUUAUUCCAUCAUCCUCACCAACCCUGUCAUCGCCAAGACCGGUCUUGCCACCUUCCUGAGGGGUGUGCUGCUCAUUAUCCCAUUCACUUUCCUCACCAAGCGUCUGCCCUAUUGCCGGGGCAACUUCAUUCCCCAUACCUACUGUGAUCAUAUGUCUGUGGCCAAGGUGUCCUGUGGCAAUUUCAAGGUCAAUGCUGUCUAUGGUCUCUUGGAAGCCCUCCUAAUUGGGGGCUUUGAUAUGUUCUGUAUUUCUGUGUCUUACACUAUGAUCUUGCGGGCAGUGGUGAGUUUGUCAUCUGCAGAUGCUCGGAAGAAAGCCUUCGGUACCUGUACAUCCCACAUAUGUGCCAUUGUGAUCACAUAUGUUCCAGCCCUGUUCACCAUUUUUACUCAUCGUUUUGGGGGACAAAACAUUCCCCACCACGUUCAUAUCCUUAUUGCUAAUCUUUAUUUGAUGUUGCCUCCUACUCUGAACCCCAUUGUUUAUGGAGCCAAGACCAAGCAGAUCCAGGAAGGAGUGAUCAAGUUAUUUUUUAAAGAGAAAACUAUCUUAGUUAUGAGAUAGACUCAUGAGUUAAUAUGCAAAAUCAAAGGAAAACAAAUGUUUCAGAGGAGAUUCUUGAGCGUCAGUUUAAAACCAAUUGGUUCACUGCAGAAAGCAAUGUUCAUUAAAUAUCCACUAUAAUGAUAACUGAAUUUUUCCUUUUUUUGGGGUAAAACUCAUCAAUGAUAAAAAUUAAUUACAUAAUUAAGGAAAUGUUUCUUGAACUUGAGGACAUAGUUUUUAAAAGGAAUUCACAUGAAUGUAAUAUCAAGCCUUUUUGGAAAUCACUGGACUUGCUUAGAUUCCUAAUGUGCUUUGCAUGUAGAACAAAGUGCAAAUAGGAUGCACAUUGGAAAAAAAAAAAUUCCUGAUCUUAUGUUGGGGAUUUAUCUGUUCUUGGUAGAAACCCAUUAAAAAAGAAAUCUCAAUGUCUGUUUCUUAAUGCCCUUCAAACAUGGUUUAGUGACUGCAUUAACCCUUUAUUCCUUUGAUUGUGUAAUUUUGUCUAACUUGGUUCAGUUGUAUAAAUGAUCUCAUGUCUGUCUAAGCUGUAUUGAAUUUCCACUACCAAGGAGAAUAAUAUUCAUGUAUUUCUAUCAAUAUAAUGUGAU